GUCAUAGAUUUCAUAUGAGAUCGUCUUCACCUUCAGCUCGGACCUGUGCUGCUUUUUUAUUGUUUCCUUUCCUGUGAUGAUGAUUUAAUAAUGUUAAUGCCUGCCAAUAAUGUAAGCUAUCUCUAUGAAGAAAAACCAUCUCAGGAAUCCUCUGCAUUUUAAGGGAUCACCAAGAUGCAAGCAAAAUCUGCAGAAUGAAAAUGCUCUGGUUUCAAGGAAAUGGCAUCCAACUUGCCAAAUACUCCUUUGGACUCUUCUCAAGAAAUCUCUCUGCUGCUAAGACUGCUCUGCCCGUGCUGACCUUAUUCACAAAGGAUCCUUGCCCCCUUUGUGAUGAAGCCAAGGAAGUACUGAAGCCUUAUAAAAACAGGUUUAUUUUACAGGAAGUUGACAUCACACUCCCAGAAAAUUCUGCUUGGUAUGAAAGAUAUAAAUUUGACAUCCCAGUCUUUCACUUGAAUGGCCAGUUUCUGAUGAUGCAUCAAGUAAACAUCUCAACACUUGAAAAACAGCUCCAGAAACUUGAGCAGCAAAGUGUUGGAGGCUAAUGAAGGGCUCUCAAGAUCUUCUACCCUCUCUGUCCACAUGGCAUCUUUCUGGGGAAAUGACCAGGUCCCCAGGAUUUCUUUUGUCACUUUUUUGCAGACCUAAAGAUGUUCUGAAUUCAGCGGUGCCAAAUAAAUGUUGACAUAUCUCUUCAGAUUGAUCGAAGUACUAGUGUGAGAACUGUUCACCUGUUGACACUUUGUAAAGUAAAAUUGGCAGGGAGGGGAUGAUGGAGAGCAGGAGAAGUUAAUUUGUUUUUCCCUUUUUUAUUAAUAUAAAAGCACUUAAGAGUCACUGGACAGUGCCAUUUAUGGAAAAGAGCUCUGAGUCCCUGCUGCUGCCCUGAAGGCUUAACUUUUUAAUGAAAGAAUAAAUGCUCUUCUACUCAGUACAUAAAAAUGAAAUGUGAAUUGUUAAU